AUGGCCAGUCCAUCCCUGCUCGCAACAGAUCGCUCCCAGCUGUCCCGACUCCGCGACGAGCUGGCCGAACGCGUCCGUGGCCCCGUUUUGCUCCCAGAUGAUCCCGAAUUCGCCGAACGCUCGCGGACGUUCAACGGCAAGCUCACCCCCAACCACCGCCUCGUCGUCUCUCCGCUCGACGCCCAGGACGUCAGCGCCGUCGUCACCUUCUGCGCCUCCCACGCGCUCUCCCCGUCCGUCCGCUCCGGCGGCUACGGCAUCGCCGGCUGGGCCGUCGCCGGCGACAUCGUCGUCGACAUGAGCCUCAUCCGCGAGAUCGACAUCGAGCCGCCACAGACCGCCGAGGACGGCUCCCACAGGUGGACGAGGCUCAGGGACAUGCCGCCUCCGAGGGGCGGCCGCGGCCGCGGCCACGUGUCCUUCCAGGGCAAACCCGAGAUCAUGGCCGUCGUCGGCAGCACGCCCCGCCUCCACACCGAGCCAGUCGCGGGCGCGAAGCGGCGGCGCGAGGACAGCCCCGUCGACGAGGGCCCCAGCACCACCACCGGCGACCGCCCCAUCGCCGACGUGCGGCUGCGGCACUACGACGCCGCGUCGCACACCGUCGCCAGCUUCCUGCGCGGGCCGCCUCUGCCCCCAGAAGAGGGCGGCGAGGAGCCGCGCCAGCCGCCCGCGAACAAGCGUCGGCUCGGCUCGUCCGCCGCGCGCGACGGCGACAGCGACGUGCCGCCCCUCGCGAUCCCGCCUCUGGCCGAGCGCCAGCGCUCGACCGAGUCCUCGCCCGGCUCGGGGCUCUCGUCUGACGGCCGCACGCUCAGCACGAGCACCGCAGAGACCUCGCCGGCGGCCACGCCUGUCGACUCCCACCCUGCCCCUGCAUCGAUCCCGGCGCCACCGGCGCCACAGGCGGCGAUCGGCCCUGCACCAGCAGCGCCGCCGCCGCCGCCGCCGCCGCCGCAGCAGCAGCAUGCGACUCAGGUCCACGACUUUGUGCCUGCGCCGCCUGCGCCCCCCUCGAGCGGCGGCACCGUGGCGCGCGACCCGUUCGGGUACAUGUCCUCUGGCCCGUCUGCGCCCCCUCCGACCGUCUACACCGGCUUCCGCGCCUUCUCCUCGCCCGCCGGGCCCGUGAACAUGUUCGGGCGGCCCCUCGUCCCUCCACCGCCGCCUCCGCCGCCUCCAGGCGGCAGCAUCGUGCCCGCGAACCCCUUCUCGUCGAACCCCUUCCCGGCGAACCCCUUCCCGUCAAACCCCUUCUCGUCAAACCCCUUCCCGUCGCAGCCCCUCGCGGGCAUGGCGCCCGCGCGCCCGGUGCACCCGCACGCGUACGUCACCGUCGGCGCGGGCAUGCGCCAGAAGGAGGUCGACAUGUACACGGCUGAGAACCCGCUGCCGGGGGUGAGCCCCGUGAGCGGGGCGACGGAGGACGGGCUCGUGCCGUACCACGUCCCGAUGGGCGCGCAUCCCGCCGGCUCGUCGGUCCUGUUUCUCUCCGGCUUUGGCUUCCUGAGCCGGUUGUACGGGCUCAGCGUCGACAACGUCGUCGAGGUCGAGAUGGUGCUCGCAGACGGAAAGAUCGUCGUCGUCAGCGAGGACGAGCACCCGGAGCUGUGGUGGGCCAUCCGCGGCGCAGGGCCCGCCUUCGGCAUCGCGACGCGCUACAAAGUCAAGGCGUUCCCCGUGCCCGUCUGCUUCGCCGGCAACCUCAUCUACCGCUUCCACCGCGCGACGGCGCCGUCGCUGCUCAAGCACUUCCGCGACUGCAUCAAGGGCGCGCCGCGCGAGCUGUACGCGAACGUGCUGCUCACGGCCGGGCCCGCGGACAAGGACUCGCUCGUCGUCAUCCAGAUGUGCUACCUCGGCCCCAAGGCGCACGGCGUCGCGUACCUCCAGGCGAUCUCGAGCUGGGACGGCGAGGCGUGCCUCCUGAACGAGGUGAACGAGAAGAGCUUCCUCUACCAGCAGGACAGCAUCGCGCAGAUCCUGCGCGGGAAAGCCGGGAGACAGUGGUUCCUCCGCUCGUCGCUCAUCCACUCCCUCCCGGACGAGGUCAUCCACAAGACGGUCAUGCAGUUCGCGGACACGCCGAUCGGAUGUACGUGGAUCUUCGAGCUCUCCGGCGGCGCGAUCGCCGAUUUCGAGGACACCUGUCUGCCCAAGGAGCAGCGCGAGGCCGUCUGGACCGUCGCGGCGCUGCACCAGUGGGAGAUGGGCAUCGACGACCCGCGGUGCAUCACGACCGCCGAGGACUGGAUGGCGGGGACGAUCAAGCUCGUCUCUGUCGGCGGGCCCUUGCCCACGUUCCUCGGCCGCCACGAGCCGCCCGAGCGCACCAUGGCGAGCUACGGCAAGCACUGGACGCGCCUCGCCGAGCUCAAGCGCAAGUACGACCCUGAGAACCUGUUCAGGAACAACUUUUGGCCUUUGGACAAGGAUGGGCAGCCCAUCACUCCGCUCUACAACGAACCGCCUUCGCCGUCCAUGUCGCCGUGGCAGCGCUAG